CAUCGCAGCGCCGUUUGCGUUCGCCGCCGGAGCCAGCACAUACUCCUCGAUCGUCUUUUGGACGCCGAGCGCUUCGAUCUUCUUCUCGAAGAAGUGAAGAUAGCUCGCAUACGCGCUAGUAGCCAAUCGUCAGCUGGGGGCUUUCCGCCUGCUAGAUCGGCUGCCGUACUUUCGUUCGCCCAGCCUCGUCGUCCACGUCUGGUCCAUCUUCUCCAGCAAAGCGGGAGUCGCGCCCAGGUCGUAGGCUGCAAUCAAGCUGGCGCGGUUUGUCAUCAGCGACUGCGGAUCAUGAAAAGCAUGGAGAGGGACGCACUGGUGGGAAUUAUGGUUCUUGAAUCCGCGGUCAUCGAAAUAGCAGUGAUGGUCGCGGGCAUCCCGCGCCAGCAGUUCCUGCAGCUUUCGGGCGGCCUCAGGUGUGUUGGGAGUGUUGACAAGGCCUUGGCGGAGAGGUUGAUACAUGGUGUUUCUCGAUAUUUCUGGCCAUCUAGGAAAGAUACAGUCCUUUUUAUACGCUGUCCGUGGCAGACAACGACUGAAGAGUAAGAUGGAAGGAUCACCCAACCAACAAUGCAUAAGGGAGGAUUAGAAAUCAUGUUUCGCGUUUAUUCUGCUUACUGAUCCUUGAAUCUAGGCUCAGAUGGUCCAGCAUAGAACUCUCCAAGUGGCUCUUUCCUGCCGUGUUGAUGUCGCGGUCAGCAUCCUGGCAAAAUUUCUGCAUAAGCCGAAUUGCAAAAGGCUACAAGGUCACUAUGCCGUUUCUCCUAUUUUCCCGCUGUGCUAGCGUAGCAUCCAUGUUCGACGUACAUGCUGUUGUGUAAUCAUCUCGUUGGAUGCAAUGCCGGACUGUACGCGCGUACAGCGAAG